AUCGUGUUCUUCUUUGCGUGCUGCACGUGCCUCUGCACAAAAACAUCACGAGCGACUGCUUGAAAUCCAGCACAUGGUCGAAGUUGGCAGCUGUAGCUUCUUGAAGAAGACACGACACGACCUCUGAGCUUGGUUCCGAACCUAUAACGCGGAUGCGCUUUCCAGCGUGAACGUCUCAAAGACCUUGGGAAGGCUGACAGUGAGCAUUGUGAAUCUUGACGGCCUUUCAAACGAACGCCAUACAACUCCGCUGACUGCUCCAAGCAAAAUAAGUGAGCAUGUCGACUAAUCAAGUGAAGAGCUGCCCCAUUCCCACUAGGGUUCUCACCCUGAAAGACUGGUCUCAACUUCCCGACUGCUACAGCCAGACGCCCGGGGGGACUCUCUUCUCCACUACGCCCGGUGGCACCCGCAUCAUCUAUGACAGGAAGUUUCUCUUGGAUUGCCGAAACUCCCCUCUUGCACGCACACCACCAUGCUGUCUCCCCCAGAUCCCGGGGGUGACGUGCCCUGCUACUCACCCUUUAAGCAAACUGCAGGAUGUCAAAGAAGAGGCUGAAGAGGAAGAAAAGGACGUUGCAGAUGACAACCAGUUUGAGAUGGACAUCUGAGCUCCAGUUUUACUUCCUGUGGAGAGUCAUCUAUCAAAACACCUCCAUGGUCAGUACUGACCGAAAAGCGUUUGCCUAUAAGCUUAUUACCUUUGUUUUCUUUUCCUUUUUAUAAGAAAGGCUCUUCUGUGGAACUAAAAACAAUGGAAGCUACAAAAAUAGGGUGGUGUUGUUUUUCGUUUUUUUUUAAAACCCUAUUAUGUGUUGGGUUACUUGCUCACUUGAGCAAUUGCAGGAUUUGAAAGGAAAAACAAAUAUUUUUUAAAAUCUUUUGUAUAUAUUACAAUGUACUAUGCAUUUUGUUUUUUUAAGUUGGCAAAUUCAAGAUUACAAUAUAAUUCACAUUUCAUUGGAUGUAAAGCCAGCCUUUUCACUGCAGACUUUUUUUUGUAGUAAAUUUCCCCUACCACAUUAUGUGAGGCACUAUUUGUCACCAAGUGUCUACUUUUGUUUAGGAGGGUUAGGGCCUACUGAAAAUCUCCUAUUUUUGUGGGAGGGAGGGAUUAAAUGUGAAUAAUUCCAAAUAAAGGCUGUGAAAAAUG